UCAGAGUGAAAGUUAUCAGCACCUCGAACGGAUACUUCGUGCUACAGUCUAUAGUACUGCAUUGAUACCUUGGGGGAUAUGAGACGAAAGGAGAAAAGGCUGCUUCAGGUCGCCGGCUUGGUUGUUGCGGCUCUUCUCUUUCUACCCAACGUGGGUUUAUGGUCGUUAUACCGAGACAAACUGCUGGAGAACUCGGGAGAGACGGACCGGGCUGGCGGUGUGGCGGCAGUGCAGGGUGCGCAUGUCAGACCAAAAGACAAAAAUGAUUUUGGUGGUAUUGGAAUGAGAAGAAAAGACUGGCAUGAUUAUAAUGCUAUCAGAAAAGAUGCUGCAAGAUCAGGAAAUGGAGAGCAGGGAAAACCUUUUCCCUUAACGGAUAUGGAUCGUGUUGACCAAGCUUACAGGGAGAAUGGGUUCAAUAUUUAUGUUAGUGAUAGAAUCUCCCUAAACCGUUCAUUGCCUGAUAUCAGACACCCAAACUGCAAGCAAAAGCUGUACUUGGAAAAGUUACCUAAUACAAGUAUCAUCAUUCCAUUUCAUAAUGAAGGUUGGUCCUCUCUCCUGCGAACAGUUCAUAGUGUGCUGAACCGUUCCCCACCAGAGCUCAUUGCUGAAAUUAUUCUAGUGGAUGACUUCAGCGACAAAGAUCAUUUGAAGAUUACUCUUGAACAAUACAUGACCCGUCUCCCGAAAGUAAGGAUUAUCCGCACCAAAAAAAGAGAAGGUUUGAUAAGAACCCGACUGCUGGGUGCUUCAGUGGCUGUUGGAGAAGUUAUAACAUUCCUUGAUUCACAUUGUGAGGCCAAUGUUAAUUGGCUGCCUCCAUUGCUUGAUAGAAUUGCCCAAAACAGAAAGACAAUUGUUUGCCCAAUGAUUGAUGUUAUUGAUCAUGAUAACUUUGGAUAUGAAACCCAAGCUGGUGAUGCAAUGCGUGGUGCAUUUGAUUGGGAAAUGUACUACAAACGAAUCCCAAUUCCUCCCGAAAUACAAAAGUCAGAUCCAAGUGAACCUUUUGAGUCCCCUGUCAUGGCUGGUGGAUUAUUUGCAGUUGAGAGAAAAUGGUUCUGGGAACUGGGAGGUUAUGACACUGGUCUUGAAAUCUGGGGUGGAGAGCAGUAUGAAAUAUCUUUUAAAGUUUGGAUGUGUGGCGGUCGAAUGGAGGAUAUUCCCUGUUCCAGAGUUGGACAUAUAUAUAGGAAAUAUGUUCCUUACAAGGUUCCCAGUGGAGUUAGCUUGGCAAGGAAUCUAAAGCGAGUGGCAGAAGUUUGGAUGGAUGAGUAUGCCGAGUAUAUUUACCAACGUCGACCUGAAUAUAGGCAUCUUUCAGCUGGAGAUGUGACAUCCCAGAAGGAGUUAAGAAACACUCUAAACUGUAGAAGCUUUAAAUGGUUUAUGACAGAGGUGGCUUGGGACUUGCCUAAGCACUACCCACCCGUAGAGCCCCCUGCCGCAGCAUGGGGUGAGAUCCGCAAUGUUGGCACACUCAUGUGCAUAGAAAGCAAGCAAAGUGUCUCUGGUUCCCCAAUCAAGAUUGAAGUGUGCCUGAAGGGAAGGGGUGACACUGGUUGGAAUCAUGGUCAGAUCUUUACAUUCGGUUGGCGUGAAGAUAUACGUGUAGGGGAUCCACUACAUACAAAAAAAGUGUGUUUUGAUGCAAUUUCCAAUAAUAGUCCAGUAACGUUAUAUGACUGCCAUGGAAUGAAAGGCAACCAGUUGUGGAGGUACAGAAAGGACAAGUCACUGUAUCAUCCAGUCAGCAACAGUUGCAUGGACUGCAGUGUAACGGACAAGCGUGUGUUUAUGAAUAGCUGUGACCCUUCAUCUUCAACUCAGCAAUGGAUUUUUGAAAAAAUAAACUCGACGGUUCUUGAGGAGUUUAACAGAAACUCUUAGUGUUUAAUUUAGUGUUAUUUUCCUAUAAAACUGAAUAAUCUGAAAAUCUUUAUUCUUUACAGGGAAUAUAGUUAAUUUGUAAUAAUCUUUUUUGUAUUAUUGAAGCUUAUGAUGUGUAUUUCAUGCAUUGAGCAAGCCAGUUUAGAUAUGUUUUAGGUUUAAAGAUGAAUAUUCUCAUCCUAAAACACACAUUCAAGAAGAAAAUUGUCUCAUACAGAAACGACAUUAUAAACUGAUAUUUCAUAUUGAAAUAUUUCAUCUAUUUAUUUAUUUAGUUUAUCAGAGUUUCCAACAGAUCAUUUACACAGAUCAGCGACACAAUUAAAAUCACCUGCCUAAUAUUGUGUAGGCCCUACUCAUGCUGCCAAAACUGCUCUGACCCAUCAAGGCAUGGACUCCAAAAAACCUCUGAAGGUUUCCUUUGGUAUCUGGCACCAGGAUAGAUACAGCAGAUCUUUUAAUAUCUGUAAGUUCUGAGGUGUGGACACCAUGGAUCAAACUUUUUAUUCUUACAGUUGCUUGAUCAGAUUGAGAUCUGUUAAAUGUGGAGGCCAAGUCAAUAUCUUGAACUAUUUAUCAUGUUCCUCAAACCAUUAGGUUUUGCAGUGUGAUGGGACAGAUUUUCCUGCUGAAAGAGGCCACUGCCAUCAAAAAACACACUUGCCAUGAAGGGGUGUGCAUGGUCUGCAACAAUCUUUA